UCUGUGAUUCCAUGAUUUUCUGAGUUGUCAUCUCUCCCAGCAAACUGCCGCUGCUGAGGGAGGAAGGUCGAGGGAAGGUUGGGUUUGGUUUGGUUUGAUAGGGCCAUUUACAUUGGCCAUUUACAGCGCUAUGAACAUCACAACAUCUCGCGCUGAUGUCUUUCGCUUCCCUCUCUUUGGGUUUUUAUAGGGGAGUGUGCCCUGGAAUAGGCCCCUUUCGCUCUUCUCUUCUCUUUUUUUUUUUUUUGGACCUCCCAUCGGGCAGGGAAUAACAAGCCUCGCGUUCGAUACAGCGCCUUCUCACGUCGUCGAGAAGUCCCGAAGAGCUUCGCAGGAUGUUACUGUGAAGUGGAUUGACUGUGUGUUUCAGAGGUGAAGAGGAGCAGGACCGGGGAGACCUGACCAACCUGAAGACGUGAGCCGAGAGAUCGGAGGCCUCGGGUGAGGCCACGCAAGAGUCGACAUGGAAGACUACUUUGCCCAACACAGCAAGAAGAUCCUCAACGCCCUCAACAAGCAGCGGGAAGAAGGAACGUUCUGUGACGUGACACUGGACGUAGAAGGCCGGUGCCUGAGAGCACAUCGCAGCAUCCUGUCCUGUUGCAGCCGUUUCUUUCAUGGCGUGUACAGGCAGGGAAUGUCGGCCGAUCUCCAGCUCCCCCAGAGCUGCACGGGCGUACUGGCACUUCUCUUUGACUUCAUCUACACGGGCGACCUGCGACUGACUCGAGCCAAUGUGUGUGAGGUGCUGAGCGCCGCCGAGGAGCUGUGCAUACCUGAUGCCGUUCAAAUGUGCCGCCAUUAUCAGCAGAGCCUGGCGGGUAACGGUGAGGGGAGUGUCUCUCCAGGGGAGGGCGGAACGGUCAACGGGCCGUCAGCCACCAAACCUGAGGCUGGGGAAGCGGUGACUUUGAACCGACCGACAUCCAAGUACCAAUUGAGACACCAGAGGGCGGAGCGGUGUGGGAGGACGGGGAGAGUUCAGCUGCCGACCGAGCGGGAAAGGGAGAGGGUCAAGGCCUCUGGUGAGCGGAACCGGGACGGGGAGUGUGUGGUGACCCAAGGGGAGCUUGUCCCCGAUCAGACCAAUGACGCUGGGGAAGGUGGCCGGGUGGAGUGCGAGCAAAACGGCCUGGGGAGUGUGCGAGGGGGGAGCGACGGUGCCGCCCCGGAAAUGGACCUUGUCAAGGAGGAGGAUAAAGAAGAUGAGGGAGAGAUGGACGAGCGCGACGAAGUGGAUGAUGAUUAUGUUCCGAUCAAACACUCGUACAAGAAGCGGAAGAGGCCUACGUUACUGAGAGCCGCAGCUCAGGGACCGGAGGGACAGAGUCUCGGAGAUGCUGACCCAGCCAACGCCAAGAGCGAGCCAGUCGAAUGCCCAACUUGUCACAAGACGUUUCUUAGCAAAUAUUACCUCAAGGUUCAUAACAGGAAACACACGGGAGAGAAACCGUUUAAAUGCAGCAAAUGUGGAAAGUGUUACUUCAGGAAGGAAAACCUGCUGAAACACGAGGCCAGGAACUGCCUGACUAGAGCGGACGUGAUUUACACCUGUCCCGAAUGCAAGGAGACGUUCAAAGGAAGGAUUGAACUUAGAAAACACGUGGUGUCUCACACGGGUGAGAUGCCAUACAAGUGCCUGUCAUGCCCCCACCAGUUCAUGCAGAAGAGAGACUUGCAGAGUCACAUGAUCAAAUCCCACGGAGCUCCAAAACCUCAUGGAUGCCCUGCUUGCUCUAAGCGCUUUCUCUCCCGGAAUGAGCUGCACCUUCACGAAGCAUCUAAGCACCAAGGUGAGAGGUUAUUUAUGUGCGAGGAGUGCGGUCACAGGGCGUCCAGUCGUUAUGGGCUGCAGAUGCACAUAAACUCCAAACACAGGAACGAGCGACCGUACGUGUGUGAGUACUGUAACCAUGCCUUCACUCAGAAAGGGAACCUGAACGUUCACCGCCGGACACACACUGGAGAGAAACCGUUCCAGUGUCACUUUUGUGGAAAAACCUUCAGGAUCCAAGCGAGCCUGGACAAACACAACCGCACUCACACAGGGGAGCGUCCGUUUAGCUGUGAGAUUUGCCAGCAGAAGUUCACUGAACGCGGCCCCCUGCACCGACACGUGGCCAGCAAACACCAGGAGGGCCGGCCUCACUACUGCAACAUCUGCAACAAGACCUUUAAAGCCAUUGAUCAGCUUCGAGUGCACGUGGGGCGACACAGGGGCAUGAGGAAGUUCGAGUGCAGUGAGUGUGGCUAUAAAUUCACCCGACAGGCUCACCUGAGACGUCACAUGGACAUCCACGGGCGGGUCGAGAACUACAACCCACGGCAGAGAAGGCUCCGCAACUUGGUGGUCUCGGGGGAGGGGACCGGGGACCAGGGGGUCCUCAGUGCGUCCGAAGCGGGGCUGCCCGCCGGGGCUUCGACUGAACCGGCCCCCCAGAGCGAGGGAGACCGAGAGCUCUCGGCUGAAAACCAGCGGGACGCUCACCCCAAAGAGACGGAGAUGUUGGGGGCAGCAGUGGGGGUGGAGGAGCCGGUCAGCUUGACGGAGACCUAUGUGGAGGAGAGUCCGUCGGGAUAAUAAUAAUAAUCCUUGCAUUUGAUACAGCGCCUCAUCACGUCUUUGAGACGUCUCAAAGUACUUCACGGGAUACACUGGAAGUGGAGUGACUAUAUUUUGUGGGCGAAACUCAGCAGCUGAUUUCGCACAGUAACGUCCCACAAACAGUGGUGGGAUAGGCUGUGAACGAGCCUCCGUGAGUGUGCGUAGGAAAGGAUGGAUUUGGGCGGCAAGUGGUGGGGGGAGAGGGAGGUUUCUCUUCGAAUGAAUGCAUGAAUAAAGCGAUUUUUU